AUGGACUUCGAGAAUGUGUUUGACAUAUACAGUGCUCCCGAGGCUCCUGAAGCUCCCUCGAGCAAGAAGAAAACGAGCAAGCGGCAUCCUGGGGAAAGCAGUAAAGAACCUCUGGCCAAGAAAUCCCGCACUGCAGACCCUUCAGCAGACGGGCCGUCAACAAAUGUGAUGCCACCUCCUUCUCCUCUCAAGCAGCAAACUCCUCCUGCUCCUGUCGGGUUGACACCUUCUCCACCGGCCCCAACCGACCAAACUCAGCAGGCUACUCCUGCUUCCACGGGGGGCGACAUAACGAGUCGUGCCUUAAGAUCGGUCAAAGAUAGGGUGGCCAAAAUUUCGAAGCAUGAAUGCUGCUGA